AUGUCCUACUACGACAACCCGCAGUGGUCGGCUUCGACCCAGAACAACUGGGAGCACCAGGGCUCGACCACUCCCGUUCGUGCAGGUACGGAUGGAAUGCGAACGCCUUCCGAUCCCAGGAUGCCCAUUAACUCGCUCAUCCGCUCAGGCGCCAGUGGACCUCAGCCCCAGGACGACUACGCCUUCUCGUAUCAGUUCGACGAGGUCGACCGAGCUUAUGAAAACUUGCAAAAGUCUGGCAAGGGCUAUGGAAUGGGCGGCCGACGUGAGUUUUCUAAUCUACACCGUUUUGCCCUGCCAGCAUCCUCCCAAGACCUUGACUCGCGCGCCUCCCACCACUCCUCUGGCUCUCGCCCUCAUUCGGUUAACAACUUUGACGACGCCCGAGGUUCCCAGGGACCCAACCUCCAGAACUUCUACGCCAACCAGCGUCACCAGCCCUCGCGAGGCUCCAACGAGGCAGAGCAGGUCAUGCAGGCGAAGAGAAGGAUGGCAGCUCAGCGGGAGCGAGAGCUUCGAAACCUGCACACUGAGCAGCAAUACCAGCGAACCGUCCUUUCCGAGUUGACCCUCCCGGGCAACAAGCACAUGUCUGAGGAGGAGACUCGGGAUCUGAUCGCCCGCCAGCGCAGCGCCUUGUAUGGCGAGGGACCGUUCGCUGAAAAGGCCGGAUAUGUUGAUGAGACUGGCAACGUCCGCACUGGCGCCCCUGGCCCUAGCGGAGCCUCUAGCAUCCGCGGACACUCGCCCUUGGCCUUUGAGAACAUCGGCCGCGCCCCUCCUGCUGGUGAUGCCGGUACCCCAGGCUCUACUGGCGAUGCCCACGGCCCUCCUGCCGAGCCGGCCUCUCGCCCCCAGAGCACAGCCAGCCCCCAGACCUCUGGACCUACGAACCGGGUCUUUGACAACGCGGUUGGACCCCAGAGCCGAACCAGCACCUCCAGCCCAACCGGCGGAUCCCCCUCGCGCGAUCUCGCCCCUGGAUCUAAGCCCAGCCAGUCUGGAGCCUCUGUUGCUCCCAUCGGCACCCGUCCCUCGGGCACACCGGCGACCACGGCUUCCUCCAAGCGGUCAACCACUCCCCUCGCCUCCCCUGGCGGCUGGGGCCGUGGCAACGGCGUCUGGGGCCAGUCUUCGGGCCUCGGUGCUCCGGCUAGUGUCUGGGGUUAG